CACGCUACACGAGCACCCCCCGCUUUCGUAACACAAAGCAGCGACAAUGGCGUCCAAGGACGGUUCCACCUUCUUCUUCACCUCCGAGUCCGUCAACGAGGGUCACCCCGACAAGCUCGCGGACCAGAUCUCCGAUGGCGUCCUCGACGCGUGCCUCGCGCAGGACCCCGACUCCAAGGUGGCUUGCGAGACGGCGACGAAAACCGGCAUGGUGAUGGUCUUCGGCGAGAUCACGACCAAGGCCAAGGUUGACUACGAAGCCGUCGUCCGCAAGGUGUGCAACGACGUCGGGUUCACGUCCGAGGCUGUCGGCCUCGACGGCAACAACUGCCGCGUCCUCGUCGAGCUCCACGACCAGUCCCCGGAGAUCGGCCAAGGCGUCCACGGGAUGGGCACGAAGAAGCUCGAAGAGAUCGGCGCCGGCGACCAGGGCAUCAUGUUCGGCUACGCCACCGACGAGUCCGAGGCGUACGAAGAGUACAAGGGCAAGUUCAUGCCGAUGACGCUCAUGCUCGCGAACGCGAUCGGGUACAGGCUCACGGAGGUGCGCAAGAACGGCACCUGCCCGUGGGUCCGCCCCGACGGCAAGACGCAAGUCACGAUCGAGUACAAGAACGAAGGCGGCGCCAUGCGUCCGCAACGCGUCCACACCGUGCUCAUCUCCACGCAGCACGACGAGACCGUCACCAACGAGCAGAUCAGCAAGGAUCUCAUGGAGGAGGUGAUCAAGAAGGUCAUCCCCGCGUCGUUGCUCGACGCGAACACCAUCUUCCACCUGAACCCGUCUGGCCGGUUCACCAUCGGCGGCCCCGACGGCGACGCCGGCCUCACCGGCCGUAAGAUCAUCAUCGACACCUACGGCGGCUGGGGCGCGCACGGCGGCGGCGCCUUCUCCGGGAAGGACCCCACGAAGGUUGACCGCUCCGCGGCGUACAUCUCCAGGCAGGCGGCCAAGUCCGUCGUCGCGGCCGGGCUCGCGAAGCGUUGCAUCGUGCAGCUGUCGUACGCCAUCGGCGUCCCGGAUCCGCUCUCCGUGUUCGUCGACACGUACGGCACGGGGACCAUCCCGGACGACGAGAUCCUCGCCAAGGUGAAGGCUGCGAUCGACUUCCGCCCCGGUCCGGUCGGGCGCGACCUCGACCUCAAGCGUUCGGCGUCCAAGACGUCCGGGGCGAACAACCGGUACCAGCAGACGGCGGCGUACGGGCACUUCGGCCGCACGGAUUUCGACGUCUUCACCUGGGAGAAGCCGAUCGCGCUGUAAAUUGCAUCGCGGCGGCGGCGGUGAAGGACGCGCGCGGCGGCGGCGGCGACGAGCGCGCGGUGGUGACGGUUUUUGUCGAAGAAGGCGUGAUGGAUGAACGAACGAUGAAGAAGAAGGCGUGGUGGAGAUGGAAGGAAAUGAACGGAAGAUGAAAUGGAAGAAGAAGACGAAUCGGGCGGCGACGAUUCUUUUUUCGACCGAACGAUGACUGACGAGUCGGAACGGCGGCGACGCGGUUUGCGAGGCGGCCGACGCCUCCGCAUGCAUCGGGCGGAUGAUUAUUACGGUACUGCUACUAGGUACGUCUCACGCGGAUUGAGAUUGAUUUAGGAACGUUGCGCCCGGUCGCGGGACGCGACCGGGCGCGAAGCGGGCGGCGUCCCCCCAAAGGGGUCCCGCCGCGGGCGGUCGCGAGC